GCAGUCGUUCCCUGAAGAUAAUGUCGGCCGACAGGUAUCAGUUAUGGGGAGGAUGCUUCGAAGAAGAACCCUCGUCGGUUCUGCGGAGAUUGAACGACUCACUGUCGGUCGAUUCUCGGCUGUUCCGUGAGGACAUACAAGGCAGUCGGUGCUGGGCUGCAGAACUGCAUCGAAGUGGACACUUGACUGAAGAGGACAAUAAAGCCAUACAGGAUGGACUUAAUAUGGUGGAAAAAGAUGUUGAAGAAGAAAUGCUAAAAAACGGGCGUUUGAGGGAUCCUGAAGAAGAUAUCCACUCAGUGGUUGAACGACGACUGUUUAAACGCGCAGGAGUGGCUGCCCAGCGCCUGCACACCGCUCGCAGUCGAAACGACCAGUCUGCCACUGAUACUAGGCUGUGGAUGCUGGGCUCACUGCCCAAGUUACAUGCUGCACUCAAAGAAUUGAUAACGGUCCUAGUUGAUCGGGCCAGUAACGAAAUAGAUAUAAUCGCACCUGGGUAUACACAUCUUCAACGAGCUCAACCUGUUCGUUGGAGUCACUUUUUAUUGAGCCACGCUUGGGCGCUCCGCGAUGAUGUAACAAGACUCGAAGAACAGAAGAGUCGUCUCUCCCGCUGUCCAUUGGGAAGUGGAGCCAUUGCUGGAUGUGCGCUUCCUAUCGAUAGAAUGAGACUAGCCAACAGUCUCGGUUUCGAAGAUGUGACGCCUAAUUCGAUGUUUGCUGUCAGCUCAAGGGAUCAUUUGGUGGAAUUCUUUAACUGGGCAUCAUUAUGUGGACUGCAUUUAAGUAGACUGGCCGAAGAUCUCAUAAUAUACAGUACUCAGGAAUUCGGCUUCGUGCGUUUUUCCGAUCAGUUUUCAACGGGAUCAAGUUUGAUGCCUCAGAAACGCAAUCCAGAUGGUUUGGAACUGAUUCGUGGAGCCGCUGGACUUCUUCUUGGAGAGGCAUUUGGCUUCAGUUGUGUUAUGAAGGGGUUACCCAGCACUUACAAUAAAGAUUUGCAGUCAGAUAAGGAGCUCUUGUUCAGAACUUACGAUCGAUUGUUAGACUGUUUGAAAGUUGCAGCUGGAACCAUUACGACUAUGGAGGUGAAUAACAAUAAAGCAUUUAGUUGUCUGGACACGGACAUGUUAGCGACGGAUAUAGCCCACACACUGGUCCGAAACGGCUUUCCAUUUCGACAAGCUCACCAUGUCGUUGGAUCAAUCCUGAGGCGUGCAUCAGCUUUGGGUGUAGACCUUAAGAAUUUGCCUUACGAGGAAUACCACAAAAUUUGCCCGGAAUUUAAAUCAAAAGAAGAACUUCAACGAAUUUUCUCGUGGGAGACGAGUGUGGAACAGUACACCAGCUUGGGAGGAACCUCACGAGACGCCGUCAAUCAUCAACUGGACAUAUUGCGCUCAUGGCUCGGAUCUACACAGUUGACUUGCACUAAGUGAUGAUUUUUUUAUAAAAAGACUACCUACAUGUUAAAAAAUAAAAUACCUAUAUGCUUAGGUAAUUCUGUUUGCUAAUAACUAU